ACCUCUGAAAGAAAAUGUCAAAUGAGAUGUUUAUUUUCGUUCACAAGUUUGUCUAAAUCUUAGCUUAAAUGGCUUACGCAUUUUAUCCUAUGCUUUUAAAAUUACUAGUUCGACGGUUCAAUUAAUUUAAUGCCGUAGCAAUGUCCUCCGGAGACGCGGGGGUCCAGCAGGACCCUGCCCAUAUUGCGGACGUCGACGUCGACGAAACUACUAAAGGAGAUGGCUCUGAACGCGAUCUGGCGACCGAUUCUGGACUGGAGGCUUAUUCCUCAGUAUUGACAGAGGAUGUAACUUCGUGCGAGUCAGCUAGCUCAGCCAGGGAGCUAAAAAAUAAUGAUGAAAAAGGCGAGACAAAAGUUUUGGUGGAUGUCAGUGACACCAGAGUCUCGUCUCCCAUUUCGUCCUCAGGCCCUAGCUCUCCUGGCGCUAAUACGUCUGACAACCUCUCCAACCUUGAAGAGCUCUCAGCCUGCCCGCAUGAUAAUUUAAAUAACUCUGAAGAGCUAACAGCUCACAAAUUAGUAACGUCACAAAACGAGGAUAAUUUAGAUACCCAAAUUACCAUGGAUAACAAUACAAACAGUGCUUCUAAUGAUUCUUUAAAUAAUCAACCAAAUCUUGACACUAAUAAAAACUUAGCAACAUCAACCGUAAGUUUAAAUGACACAAUAGAAUCUAAUGUAACAAUAAAUAAGUCGCCGUACAGUCGGAGCGCAGAAAACAUAUCAUUGGACGUUAAAAUGAACCAAAGUGUAGAUAAGGAUGCAGUAUUAUCCCAAUUCACAAGCCAGAAGACUAAAGUUAGCGCUACUCAGGCAAUCCCGGAGACUAACGCGAAUACAAACCUAGAUGUCCGAUACACACGGUUACCUAAAGAACUACUGUCACAAGACCUUGGAAGUAUCUAUAAGAAUGUCCACGGGAUCUUCUCAUCUGUAAGCGGCAGUUUGAAGAACGCAUACACACAUAGAGCAGGCCAUAUACCAUAUAUGAAAACUGUUAAACCGAUGCCGAAUGGAAAAGUAAUGAAUGAUAUAUUUGAAGAUGAACAACACGAUGAGAAGAUUACCAACGGGAUAGAAACCAAAGCCGAGAUUUCUAAUGAGACUGAGACGUUAAAUACGAAUUUAGAAGAUGACAUAAAGGGAGAUGUGUUACGGCUACAGAUAGAGUCCUUGGAGCGAGUGUUAGCAGAGCUGAGGAAAGAGAACACGGCGCUGAGGGAGUCGGUGAAGCAGCAGGCAGACAAGCUGACGGAGAGAGACCAGACCUUUAGAGAGUUGGAGACUAAAAUGGAUUUGAUGUCAAAGCGCGUCGAACACGCGGAGCGCGAAAAAGACGCAGCCGUGAUGCGCUACGCGAGCGUUGAGCGAGCCGCCAUCGAAGCGCGCAAGAUGGCGGAGCAGGGGGCGGUGAGGGAGCGCGCGGCGACCGCGGAGGCCGAGCUCGCGGCCGGGAAGCUCCGGGCCGCCAGGGAGGAUAAACUGCGCGUCUGCCAGAUGUAUGACGACAAGUGCCACGAGCUCGCGACCAGCGAGCGCGAGCUGUCGAAGGUUCGAGAGGAAGUGAAGGAGCUAGAAGGGAGGCUCAAGUGGACGCAGAGCAAGCUGCGCUUGGAGAUGGACGCGUACAAGGACAGCGCGGAGCGCGUGGAGAAACUGACAGCACAGGUGGCCGAGCUGCAAGCGGCCGUCGCCGGCGCCUGCGACUCGCGCGCCGCUCAACAGAUGGAGACCGAGUUGAAGGAAAGUAUGGCCGCUCUGAUCCUGUGUCGCCACGAGCGAGAGGCCCUAGAGCGGCGUCUCGCUCACACCACACAACAACUCGACAGUACCGUGAGGGAGCGAGACGUGGCAGUGGCCAGUAACACCAGUCACUUAGCUGAGAUCUCGCGGCUACGCUCGCACAACGCGCGGCUAGAAGAGGAGGCGGCGGAGUUAGCCGCGCUGCGCGCGCAGGCCGCGCUCGCCGACACGCUCAGCGCGCAACUGCACAGGGAAACGGAACGCGCAGCUGCCGCCGAAGAAGCCCUAGGGCGCGAGCGAGCGCGCGCCGAGACCUGCGCGCGACGCGAGGCUGCCGCGCUGGAACACGCGGCUAGACUGACGGCGCAACACGUCGCCAUACAGCAGCAGAGACAACAUACCGACGACCAGGCGUCUGCGUUGAGUGCAGACAACGCGGCACUUCGCGAACGCAUCUCAGAGCUGGAAGCAGAAGUGGUCAAACUGCAGACCUCACUCGCAGAAGAAGUGGAAAGGAGGCACAAGGAGAGCCGGGUGCUCGCGAGAAAGGUCGCGGAGUUACAAGAGGAGAUGGCGGAGGCGGCCAAACAGCUCGAGUGGGAAAAAGGCGAAAACGGCGUGCUGAAGAAGAAACACGCCAGCCACGUCAAGGAGCUGAACCGUGAACUAGCGCGGGCGCUGAAACGCAUGGAGGCUUUAGAAGCCAAACAGCCUCCAACGCAGCCCUCCACACGCACAGGUUCAGUGACGUCGCUGAGCAGCGGCGAGAGCGCGCCGCACGAGGACGGCGGCCGGGCCGACGGGCGCGGCGAGGGCGCGCUGCCCGACGUGCAGGUGCGAGAGCCAGACCGCCAAGCGUUGGUAGAACGUAUAGUAUCUCUACAACGAGCGGCGGCGAGGCGCGCCGAGCGAUGCGAGUUCCUUGAAGAACACGCGAGACAGCUGACGGACGAGCUGCGGGGGAAGUCACGGCUUCUACGGCACCUGCUGCCCAACCUACCUGCGCAGGCGCUCGCCUCCACCGCCAGCGACUCCAACAAGAAAGAGAUAGCGAAGUUGGGCGGCGGCGCCAUGGCGGCGCUCUGGGGCGGCGAGCACGGAGGCCUGUCGCUGGAACUGUCCCUGGAAAUGAACAGGCGGCUGCAGAGCGUUCUAGAAGACACAUUACUUAAGAACAUCACACUCAAGGAAAACAUGGACACACUGGGAGAAGAGAUCGCGCGGCUAAAAGCUCAGAAGAACACUAACACUAAAUAACUUCCGAAAUUAUCCUAAAACGAAGCUCUUUAAAGUUGUGUGGAAAC